CUCAUGCCAAAACAAUUAUGGUUCAAUUUAGCUAGUUACUGUAGUUAAUCAAUGAACUGCCACAAACUUUGGAUGUCAUAAUAAAAUAGUUUGUAUUCGUUUUAGGGUUGAGCAACUUCCAACUUUUUAGUUGGCGCUGGCAUGCUCUAGCGCUCACGCAAUUUCGGGAUAACGAAACAUGAUCUGUUCAAAUUGACAAGUUUUACUGUAGCUACUUCAGAGAUUUUUUUUUAAUGGUCACAAUCAAAACUGUUGCAUAAAAACGUUUAAACCUCACGCAUGUCACCCGGUUAGACUAAAACCACACGAUGUAACUAAAUUGUUAUCUAUCACUUUGCUCGAGACAGGUUGCUCCACUCUCGUGCCAUGUUGGUGCCAAAUACGCGGUAAUGUGAGUAAAUAUGGUUAAUCUCGCGCCAUUCCAUUACUUAUUUUGGACUGAAACGUGUGAGUAUCAAAUUAUUCUAUUUUAUUUGGAAAAGGGUGGUAAAAUGAUUUAGACAUUUUACAUUUUCUCCAUCUAGUUAGUAUUAGGGACAGAUGUAAACGAAGGUAGCUAGCCAGGUCAGAGGUUAGCUCCAGUUUGUUGUCAACGACGCGUUCGAUAAAGAGGCUUUUUAUCAUACCAUGAGCUACAGGAACGUUAGCUAGCUAAUGCUUGUUAUAAACAAAUAUUUUGCAAGUGAAUUGUGCCGUAUCCCAUAGAAAAUGAACCACAUGUAAUUGUAUUAUCAAACCAAACCCGCAGCAAUAUCAACAGUGAGGACCAGAUAGACCACCAAGGCUUUGACCAUGAUGUUCUACACUCAGCUCCUUACUUCCAAGCGCGGGCCUCUGGCCAAAAUCUGGCUAGCAGCGCAUUGGGAGCGCAAAAUCACCAAAACUCAUGUGUUUGAAUGCAAUUUGGAGAGCACCAUCAAACACAUAAUCUCCCCGCAGACAAAGAUCGGCUUGCGGACUUUUGGCCACCUACUCCUGGGAGUAGUGAGGAUAUACUUGAGAAAAGCCAAAUAUCUACUUGUUGACUGCAAUGACGCUGUUGUCAAAAUUAAAGUAGCCUUCAGACCAGGACAGACGGACAUGCCUGUUGAAGGACUGGAGGCCACACUUAAAGCCAUCACGUUGAUGGAGGAUUUCACUGACUUCGAUUCCCAGCUACCAGACACAAAUGCCAUAGAUGUUGUGGACCAUUUUUUACUGAAUCAGUGCCGAACAGAGGACAUCACCCUCAAAGAGGAUUUUGGAAAUAGCUUUCUCACAUUUGAUGACUUUGGUGAUGAGACCCAGUCUCUCCAAGGGGGCAUGUUAGAUGUGAGUUUCCUGAGCCUGGCCCAGCACGGAGAUGCUUUUGGCGAUGAGGACAAAGGCAUUGACAUCUUGGACUUCAUGGCCAGUUCCAGUGAGAAUGCUUUUUUGAUGGACCUUUUCCCAGCCGAACCUCAAAAUGUGAUGCCAGAGAUUGCCCCCAUGAACAUUAACCAAGAAGGUCGUCCAGACUCUCCUACAUCUGUACCCAUGGAGGAGGAUCGCCCUGUCCUGAAUGAGACAACACCUGUCCUGAAUGAGACAACACCUGUCCUGAAUGAGACGACUCUGUUGGUCAAUGAGGAGGAGGGCUUCGCUCUGGAGCCUGUCGCUGUGACCCCGACCUUAGAGAGGAAGAAGGGGAAGAGGAGAAGGAGACUGGUGGUGGACCAGGCCAAGGAGCUGUCCAACCAGGCCAUCAGGGAGCAGCUCACUGACUAUUCAGAUCUCACUGCCCCACUGGACAUAGCCCCACCCACCCACCAACUCAUGCAAUGGAAAGAGAGUGGAGGGGUGGACAUUCUCUUCAGUCACCUCUGUGUCCAUGUCAUUCAUCCACACCUUCAGCAGCUAUAUUCCAGUGAUGUGUUUCGGGGGAAAACAGAUCGAGUGGGCAAUGAAGAUGACCGUGAAGAGAUGAGACAGGAGAGACAUGAGGUAGAAAGCGACGUGAGCGACCUGCCCAGUGAGUUCAGUGUCCUGCAUGAGACUAUGGAUCCUGAGAGAAUGGGACACAAUGUGGAGCUCACUCCUCUGUACCACAAUGGGACUGACAACCCACCUGAGGACGUCUGGGACACAGUACAUGAUGAGAGUAGAUUUGAGCUUCCUUCGGAGGAUUCCAUGCAUGUUCAUCCUUCUGGAAUGGAGAGGGAAACUCCAUCGAAUGUGACAUGGAACACACAGUCUAUGGUGGACAGCCAGGAUGACUUUGAGGAGAGGAGGAUGACCAGCCGAGCUCAGAAACUACUAAACGCUCUCAAAAUUCAGAGCAGCAGAAGCAACGCCAUGUUCAGCCUGCAGAUGCUGUGUGAGAGGAACAGUCGCUCCCAGGCCUCGGCUACCUUCUUUUGCCUCCUGGUGCUGAAGAAACAGCAGGCCCUGGACCUGCACCAGAGCGAGCCUUACGCUGACAUUAUAGCCACACCUGGACUCAGGUUCUAAGAGGUGAAGACACCUGCUAAUUGUGCCUCGUUCAUAGACUCACUGCUAUCUGUCAAUAACUGCACAAAACUCCAGCGGUCUAGACACCCUCGUCAUACGUCUCAUAGCAUGGACACUAAUUAAGAACUGAUUACACCAAUAAAUAUUAUUUGGAUAAUAUUUAUCAAACUUGGUUGUGAUAUCCAGCACUAAUGAGAUAGUUAUGUCACCUCUAUGAAUCUCCCAGGACCCAGACACAAGUCACUCCCUUUGUGAGAAAGCAGGGCCUGCUACAAGACAUAAUUUGGACAGGGUUAACAUCUGAUUUGUCUCAUUGGGUCAGAGCAAAGGUUUUGGAAUGUUCUGUUGUUGUUUUGUUCAGGAGCUUUAGGUUUACUUUACUUGUUUGAAUAAGAUGGUUUUGUUAUUGUUCAUUAUGCCGACAGACUAGGAUUUGUUGGAUUUACCAAUUUCAGUAAUUUAAUAAGGGUAGUUUUAGUACAGUGUUUUUAAUUAAGGAAUUGUUUUUGUUCUUAACGAUCUGUAAGUAUAACAGUGAAUUUUAUUCAAUUAAAUGUAUGAGCAGCCUUC